GAUCCUACAACCACUGUAAGUGCCAGUGUCCAUCGCAAAGUGUUCGCGCAGCCAGAAUUUGGGAAGGACAUCGCUGUUGGUUCUGUUUUGGUUCUGCAAAAGGUUGCUGUGUUUUGUCCUACCCGCUCUACCUGUUAUCUGAAUGUAACAGUCCACAACAUUGUUCAGGUCUUUUCCAAGGACAGUGGACCUCCAUCACAACAACUAAUAUAUCCUGUACGCCCAGUGACACGCACUACACCUAGUGUGGUUCUUGGAAAUUCAUAUAUGGAUCACUUUGCAACAGAAAGGCUUGAAAGGUUAUUGGCAUCAGGAUUCUCUGCGCCACGGGAAAGAAAUGAAGAAAUCAUGUCUGGUCUCAGAUUCGAUUCAAGCUCUAGACAAGUAGCAGAUAUUGACUGGCGGAGGGCUGAAGUUUUGGCUUCAACGAUCCGUCAUGGUGAUAUUGGAAACUAUCAAAACCAAGAAACUGUUUCGGAAAGAGAGAACUUAUUAUUGAGUCUGGAUAAUGCUGGACAUGUUCAAGUAAAAUGUGUUGGUGAGCUUGAAAGUGAGAUGGAAGAUCAACCCAACCCUCCUAAAUUGGAUGAAGAAGCAGACAGUUUAGCGCGGAUUGCUCAAGGCAAUAGUUCUAGAACAAACUCGGUUCAUAAAUCUUAUGGUGAAAAAACCGGGAUGGAAAAUCACUUAGAAAGUCAGAAGCAGAUCGAGAAUAAAAAAAGUUCAGUCCCUCAAUGGACAGACGAAGAGCUGGAUGUGCUUUUAGCGUUUGAUUAA